GCCUGCCCGCACAGAGCGCGACGGCUGGUUUUUUUGAUCUGAUACGUUACUGCAGAAAGGAUGCGGAUGCGUGUUGGAGACGUUAAAACAGAACAACAACAAGAAAGUGUCGUGGCAUAUAACACGUGUUUGAAACCCAAAAGGCGAUGUUUUCCAGCUCGCAAAGUCCCCGCUCCCCUCCGCCGGCUCCACCUCCGGGCCGGGGCCCGCCUCCCCCCCCUCCCCGGGCACGACGCCCUCCAUCAUAUAAAGAAACUUCCCGGGGCCGCCGGCCCAGUCGCGGUGCGCCCCGUCUCAGCAGCCGCCCCGGCGGCCCCUGCACAGAGCCCCCCCCCAGCGAGCCAGUGCUUGGGUGUGUGCGGAGAGGUGGGCUCGGUGAGGCACCCCAAAACCCCUCACCCCGACCCCUGACACAAGUGGCAUGAACUUGGAGCCGGGCGAGUGCGGGAUGAACUCAGUGAGCUGCGGCAACGGGAAACUCCGCCAGUGGCUGAUCGACCAGAUCGACAGCGGCAAGUACCCGGGGCUGGUAUGGGAGAACGACGAGAAGAGCAUCUUCCGCAUCCCCUGGAAGCACGCGGGCAAGCAGGACUACAACCGUGAGGAGGAUGCCGCCCUCUUCAAGGCUUGGGCUCUUUUUAAAGGAAAGUUCAGAGAGGGCAUUGAUAAACCAGAUCCCCCUACCUGGAAGACAAGAUUAAGGUGUGCUUUGAACAAGAGCAAUGACUUUGAAGAACUGGUAGAGAGAAGCCAGCUGGACAUCUCAGAUCCCUAUAAAGUGUACAGAAUAGUGCCAGAAGGAGCUAAAAAAGGUGCAAAACAGAUCAGCAUGGAAGAGCAACCGUUAAUGAUGAACCAUCCGUUUCCAAUAACGUCUCCUUACACUUCACUGCCAUCCCAGGUACCAAACUACAUGGUGCCCCACGAACGGAACUGGAGGGAGUUUGCCCCGGAGCAGCCACAUCCCGACAUCCCCUACCAGUGUGCCAGCGUCCCCUUCGCAGCUCGCAGUCAUCACUGGCAAGGGCCUGGCUGUGAAAAUGGUUGUCAGGUGACAGGAACCUUUUAUGCUUGUGCCCCUCCUGAGUCCCAGACUCCUGGCAUCCCGAUUGAGCCAAGCAUAAGGUCUGGUGAAGCCCUCGCCCUGUCAGAUUGUCGACUCCACAUCUGCUUAUAUUACCGUGAAAUACUGGUAAAGGAGGUGACAACCUCUAGUCCUGAAGGUUGUAGGAUAUCCCAUGGCCAAAGUUAUGAGGUUAGCAGCCUGGAGCAAGUUAUCUUCCCUUAUCCAGAGGAUAAUGGCCAGAGGAAGAACAUAGAAAAACUGCUGAACCACCUGGAACGAGGAGUAAUACUGUGGAUGGCACCUGAUGGCCUCUAUGCUAAGAGACUUUGCCAAAGCAGGAUCUACUGGGAUGGGCCCCUGGCGCUCUGCAAUGACCGGCCCAACAAGCUGGAGCGGGACCAAACAUGCAAGCUCUUUGAUACUCAGCAGUUUUUGGCAGAGCUGCAAGCCUUUGCUCACCAUGGACGUCCGCUGCCGAGAUACCAGGUUGCUCUGUGCUUUGGGGAGGAAUUUCCAGAUCCGCAGAGGCAGAGGAAACUAAUUACAGCCCAUGUUGAACCAAUGUUUGCCAGGCAGCUGUAUUACUUUGCUCAACAAAACAGUGGACAUCUUCUGAGAGGCUAUGACUUACCAGAACUUGUGACUAGUCCAGAGGAUUAUCACAGAUCUAUCCGCCAUUCCUCUAUUCAAGAAUAAGAUCCUCAGAAAGAGUGUUUUUAAAGACACUCUAAAGAUUAUGCAGAGUGGAGGAGCAGAUCUGGGUCGCAAUUUGGAGAUCCACAUCACAACUGGAUGUGUUCAGGGGUUCAAUGAUAGGAAAGUGAACUAGGACAACCAUGUUGUAUGAUACAAAUGAUGGGUCUUCAACAUUUGGAUGCUACAUCUUACAUAGGUUCCACUGUUGCUGAGAAUAACUCAAAACUGACGAAAUUAUUGCUAUGUUUACGUUUGCUUACUGUUCUCCUUGGGUUUUGAGGACUGAUUCUUACAGAAGACUUAAAUCCAGAGUUUACACUGUUACUUUUGCAGGGCUAUUUAUUUUGGAUUACUGAUCUCAGGGAAGGUACAUAAAUUUGCAGUGUUCCCAAUUUGAAACUGUAGCUACUAUAGGUGGGUAGCAAACGUAGAUGGUUUAUUGAGAAGAGCUAAUACAUGUAAGUGGUUAUAAAUUUAGAUUCAUAAGUGUGAUGCCUAUAUUCUUGUAUAGAAUAUUUCAGUGUAUUUUUUAAAAGCAAUGCAAUUCUUCAGAGACAUAUUUUUUUAACGCCUGACUGACAUUUGUCCUGACAAUGAAUUUUGUUGCUGCCACUGUUAUUAUUGGAUUAGCCCCCAUAAUAGCAGUUUCUAAGGUGAUGCAUUCAUGGUACUGUGUUAAGAAAAGUGACCAUUCAGUUCAUAUUACCUGUGGAUUUAGUGUAUAAAUCACUAAAAUUAGAUCUAAAGUCCCAAAGAGCAGGUUUAAAAAUAAAUUACAUUUUUCUUACAAUUGAAAGCUACUGUGCGUUUUAUAUAUAUAUAUAUGUAUAUAUAUGUAUAUAUACAUAUAUGUAUGCAUUAGAAUUAAGUUGGUAGGCCUUGAAAAUAGCACAAAAGUGGUCCUGCCAGCCCUUUUUUGAUGACACAUGCAUGAGCCAGGAUAAGGUAACCACCACCUCUGACUUAAACAGAGCCAGCUCUGCUCCGUGUGUGAACUCGAAGCUCCCUUCCAAUGGUACGGAAAUGAAUGUGAAGGGAGAGUUCAAGGAGAGCAGCAUUUGGCCUCUGAUAUUAAGACAGUCAAGGAAAUACUUGUUUUGACAUUUGUUUUCAAAAAUUUUACAGAUGUAUGCUUUGAUAAAACUUGCCGCUUUUAAUGAUAGGGUACUGUUAUAAAGACAAAGAGAUGAGGUCUGUUGGGUAUGCAUGUCAGUGAAAUUUCCUCGUUGGCGAGCAGACCGUGUGAUCUUAUUAGCUUUAACUUCAGAGCAUGAUCUCUUUAUGCUUAACAGACAUACUUCACUUGACUUUCUAAAUGAGGAAGAAAAACUGGUACUUGGUCUGGCAGCAGACUUGUGUUCUAGGGACUUUGAAUUUAUACAUCUUAAAGAUGCAUACUCUUUUGGGAUAUAUUAUCCCCCUCCUUCUCCACAGUGCCAAGCAGAAUUAACAGAUCAGUUUUACUUUUGUGUUCUUUGUUACUUGAAGUGUUUUUCCUGGCUUAAAGAUUUUCAUAGGGGAGACCUCUUUCUUAGACAUUAAAAGCACUGCUCUAGGUGACCUUCAGAGCUUCUGCAUAUGCUUUUGGCCUGCCUCUGCAUACAUUUUACUGAAAGGGACUUUUGUGUUCAAACUGAACUGGUACAAUACAAAUAUUUGAUGUGUUUUUCACUUUUUUCUAGUGGUCAUUGCUUCAUAUGCUCAUUGCUUCAGCUCACAUCUUAGAAUAAAGUCCUUAUUCCCUACCAA